AUGCAAACAAUUGUUAUAUUUAUUGAUAGAAGAGAUAGAGUUCUACUUAAAAUCAAAGGAAAAGGUCGUCCUAUUACUCAAUGCACUCAUUGUCGUGAGCUUCGUAAAACUCAAAGAGUUCAUAUAAAAUGUAAUUGUGUUGAAAGAGCAAAGGAAGUUAUGACAGUUGAUAAUUCAUUAACUCUUUACUCAUCACAAUCCAAGUCAGAUUUAUCCAUAAAAAGUUCUAGUAAUGAUUCUUUUGAUUUAUUAAAUAAGAUAAAAUUAGAAGAAUCAUCUAUAAAUUUUGAAAAUUUGAGUGAUAGUGAUAAAUUAAAAGCAGAAAAUUCAAAUCAAAGAAAUCACAGCGUUAAUAAUAAUGUUGAUUAUAAAGAUGACAAUCCACUUGCAAAUACUUCUUCUUUUUCAUGGAAUAUUAAUAACUACCAUAGCAGUAACUUGACAAUUAAAUCAGAAUCAAUGGAAUCUACUUCUUCAUAUUAUAACAUUCCCAAACAAAACUUACAACAAGUCAAUGCAAUAGAAGGUGAUUCGCUUGCUCAAAACGCAAAUCAAAAAUAUUCUAACAAAAUGGAAGAGUAUGAUGAAAAACCAGGAGACUUAAGUGGCGUUUUAGGAGCUGAAUUAUGUCGUGGCACGUCUGACGAGCUGGUUAAUAUGAUUUAUAGUUCAUUUAAAAGUUGUCCUUCGGCUAAUAAAAAUGGAAAUUGCUGUGGUUCUGGCUCAAAGUCAAUCUGUAGAUGUGGCAGUGGAUGUAAAUGUGAAGGAUGUAAUUCACAUACAUUAAGAGUUGAUGCGAAUUCUCAAGCACAACCUAAUCUAUCAAUACCCAAGUCAUGUUGUAGUACAGCUCAUGUUAUUUCAAAACCUAAACAUACAGUAAUAAUAGAUGAAGAUGGAGUUCCUUUAUGUGGAUGUGGUUGCAAAAAGCCAAAUUCUGAAUGCUCUGAUUGUGUUGAAAAUUUAUGCGAAGAACGCAAUGAAAUAAAUGCAUAUGGAUUUAAUAAUGAGGGUAAUUUUCAUCCUUUGGAUAUUUGUGAAAAUGACCAUAUAAUUGAAUUGGACCCAGGUUGA